UGCAUGUGCGCGAAGAGAGCCGAAACAUAAGGAAAAUAUCAUGAAUAUAUUGUAGAGCAUUAUCGUGUAUUUUGACUGCCAACCCGCUGUUACCUAUCGAUUGCCAUGAUAGCGCAAAGUUUUCCGUGCGUCGGAAAAAUCUCGUCGUCGUGACACGAGCUCGAUGACGUUUCUCAAAACUUCGACAUUCGUAACUGCCGCGGGAGAGCAUUGCGUGAAGCAGAAAUGUUUCACGAACAAGAGGGAUCUGACAACAAUCUCUCAAAGAGAGACGUUCUAUUCACGUCCUUUGUCUCAGGUGCUCUUGCAGGAAUUAUUUGUGACGUGACACUGUUCCCGUUGGACACUCUUAAAACACGUUUGCAAAGCCAGCAUGGAUUCUUUCAAUCUGGCGGUUUCAAGAAACUGUACAAAGGCAUAGGACCUGUGAUAUUGGGUUCUGCUCCGUCAGCUGCUAUAUUUUUUAUUACUUAUGAGGGCAUAAAACAGUAUACACAGCCGUGUAUACCGGAACAGUAUCACUCAAUUAUACACAUGGUUGCGGCAUCAUCUUCCGAAGUGACAGCCUGCUUGGUUCGGGUACCUGUGGAGGUGAUUAAACAAAGAAAACAAGCUCUUCUAUCCGAUACAAAUCACUUAGGUUUAAGAACAUUAUAUCGCGGUUACGGAAGUACCGUACUUCGAGACUUGCCGUUUGGACUGAUUCAAAUGCCGUUGUGGGAAUAUUUCAAGCUCUACUGGACUCGACGAAGCCAACGUGAUUGCACACCAAUGGAAGGUGCUAUUUGCGGAGCCGCGUCAGUUGCUAUAUCGGCUGCCUUAACAACACCACUGGACGUUGCAAAGACGAGAAUUAUGUUAUCCAGCACGUCCGCUGAAAAAGAAGAAGUUAAAAUAUCGACAAUGUUGAAGGAGGUUUACAAAUGUAACGGCGUAAAAGGAUUGUUCGCUGGCUUUGUUCCGAGAGUAACCGGAUUUACCAUUGGUGGAUUUAUAUUCUUUGGCGUUUACGAGCAAGCCAGAGAACUUUGUAUAUCUUACUUCUCACAAAGAUUCGCCGACAUAUAGGUCAAUAAUUUCUAAAUAAUUAAAAAAUAAUUACGAAAGCUUUUAAGCACAUUUUGCGGAUAUCUCUUGAGCUCUGUCCUACUUCAACGUGAUAUUUGCUGGGAUUGGUUUCAGAAGUUUUCAGGCUGUCCUUUUUCGUCUUCUCCCCAAAAAAAACUUUUUGGGAAACGUAAGUUCCUGGUAUUAUUAAAUACAUACAGAAAACACU